AUGUGCGAUAAUUCUGUGGAGGGAUACGAAAUCAUCCAGCAAAUAAGACAUAAUACUACAACAAGUCUUAAUAUUAAACUGAAGGACAUAUCAAAUGAAGCAGCCAAAGCAAUUGCAGCAGAAUUGAAAAUAAAUUUAGCGUUAAAAAGCCUUAGUAUCACAUGGAGUUUAUCGAACGAAGGGGUCAAAGCAAUUGUCGAAACAUUGAAAGUAAAUUCGACAUUAACAAGGUUGAAUAUUGCAAACGGUAUAGGAGAAGAGAGCGCUAAAGCCAUUGCAGAAGCAUUGAAAAUAAAUUCAACAUUAACAAGGCUCGAUAUUGAAAGCCAGAAUAUAUUGAAAGAGGGCGCCAAAGCUUUAGCAAAAGCACUGAAAAUAAAUUCAACAUUAACAACUCUCAAUAUUGCAUUCAACAAUAUAUCGGUAGAGGGCGCUGAAGCCAUUAGCGAAGCACUGAAAAUAAAUUCAACAUUAACAACUCUCAGUAUUGCAGGCAACACUAUAUGGGAAAAACCUGCUAAAGUUAUUGCAGAAGCACUGAAAAUAAAUUCAACAUUAACUAGUCUGGAUAUUGAACGCAACAUUAUAUCGGAAGAGGGCGCUAAAGCGAUUGGCGAAGCACUGAAAAUAAAUUCAACAUUAACAACUCUCAAUAUUGCAUACAACAGUAUAUGGAAGAGGGCGCUAAAGCGAUUGGCGAAGCACUGA